CAGAAGUUUAUCAUUUUUUUCUUAACUGGACUGUGUUCGUCUCUGCAUACAAAGAACGAAAGGACAGAGUAGACUACGCCCGACACAACAUCACGACAAUGGGCACAGAUACGCAGAAGCGGGACUGGUUCUCGACCGAGGAUAGCGAGGAUUCCGAUCUUGGGCACGGGUCUGGAUCAGAGAGCGAGAACGAGGUGAAGCGGAGUGCUGUGAAAAAAGUGGUCAAGGAGGUUAAGAAGAGCAAGCCUGAGAAGAGUAGGAAGCGGAAAGUGGCUGCUGCGAGUGAGGAUGAUGACGAGGAUGAGGAAGAGAAGGAUGUGAGUCGGGCGAAGGUAGCGAAGCGGAAAACUGCUGCGCCUGUGUUUGAGUUUGGCAAGCGGUUUGAAUCGUCUGAGGACGAGGAUGAAGAUGACGACGGGGACGACGACGAACAAGACGAAGACAGCUCAGACGAAGUAGAGCACAUGCCCGGCGCCUCCUCCGGCACCGACGGCGACGUCAAAGACGUCCUCCGCCGCCUGUCGACCAAAGAACUCGAAGACAACCGCGCGCGGAUCGAAAAGACCGGCGUCGUCUAUCUUUCGCGGAUCCCACCGUUCAUGAAGCCCGGCAAAGUGCGGCAGAUCUUGUCGCGGUUCGGGGAGCUUGAUCGGAUCUUUUUGGCGCCGGAGGAUCCGAAGAGUUAUGCAAGACGGGUGCGGUUUGGCGGGAAUAAGAAGAGGAAUUUCGUGGAGGGGUGGGUGGAGUUUAAGGAUAAGAAGAAAGCAAAGCUGUGUGCUUCGACUCUGAAUGGACAAAUUAUCGGCGGCAACAAACGCUCCUACUACUACGACGACAUCCUCAACAUCAAAUACCUCCCCAAAUUCAAAUGGCACAACCUGACCGAGCAAAUCGCGUACGAGAACCAAGUCCGCCAAGCCAAGCUCCGAGCCGAGAUCUCGCAGGCCACGCGCGAAAAUAAGGCGUACAUCCGCAACGUCGGACGCGCAAAGAUGAUUGAGAAUAUUAAAGCCAAGCGGGCUCUCAAGGCUGAGGCUGCGGGAGCGAACGAGGACGCUUCGACAAGUAAGAAGCAGGGCGAGAGCGAGAUUGAGAUGAGGAGAAACUUCAGACAGAGAACGGUUAGAGACCGCACGAAGAGCUCGGAGCCGAGCGCGAGAGAUAAAGCGAACGAGGCGGCUAUGCAGAGAGUCCUUGGUAGCAUUUUUUCAUAAUAUAACCUGUUUGAUCAUGUCUUGUAAUAUAGCUUCGGUCAUAUAGAGAGCAUUGCACAGUUUGUAUGUAUAGAAGGCUGCAAAUUACUGAUAGCUGAAAGUCGUGAUUAUUUUCCAAACGCCUGCACAAAUGACUAAAAAACAACAAGUGCCAUGAACAAC